AUGACUAAAAAAAUACCAAUAACGAACUACCAAAGGACAAAUACAAAAGCCUUACUUAAAUUAACCGAAAAACUUUCCAAUAAGAACUUUUUUGACCUUUAUUUAACAUCUCAACAAUUGGUCGUUCUAGGAUAUUUACUGUCAAUCCCAAGUGAAGAAGACAAACUCAAAGCAUGGGAUUAUUUCUUGAAAGGAAACAUAACGUUGAAUGUCGAAAAGUCAUUCCCAUCAACUCAGGAGGGAGAACAAAGUAGUGUAGUACCUGCUACUCUGAGCGCGCAACCCGAUAAUGUGUUGUCACAAACGAUAGAGAAAACUACAGGGGAAAACAUUAAUAAUAAUAAUAAUAAUAAUAAUAAUAAUAAUAAUAAUAAUAAUAAUAAUGAAAGCCGGACUGAAAGUAAAGGCGGUGAGGUGAUUGCAAAUGACGAAAAUAAUGUGAAUAAUAACGAGGGUGAUAAUGUCGAAGAAGACUUAUUCAAACUGGAUUUAGAGGAUUUAAAGCAACAAAUAAGUGGCCCACGGUUCAUUGGAAAUCUGUCCUUAAAAAUCCGGUAUGUCUUGUGGCAAUGUGCCAUAGAUUAUAUGUAUAGUGAUAUUACCGAGUUUAAUGACGAGGAUGAUACGGAAUACGCUCUAUUGGAUGUUGAAGAGGAGAGUGGUGAUGAGCAAGAUGGUGAGAAGGAAAAACCACAAAAUAAAGAAAGCAUUUCCAAGUUUUCCGAAGAUGAGGACUAUGAUGAUGAAGAGGACAAUUACGAUGAAGAGAGUACAGAUGAAAAGGGAGCAGGUAUUCUCAUACAAAAUGCCGUUUCUAUACCCCCUUCUAGCAUUGAGAUUGAUAGCGAACGACGUUUGUUGUUAAAUAUUUCCAUAUCAAAGGAGACGCUAUCAAAGUUGAAAGCGAAUAAUGUCGAAGAAAUUAUGGGCAACUGGAACAAAAUAUACCACAGUUUUGAAUACGAUAGAGAAACAAUGAUAAAGCGCUUGAAACUUGAGCAAAGUGAUAAGAUGAUAGAGAAGGGAAAGAGGAAACGAAGUCGAAAUGAUCUGAAAGCAUCCACUGAUGACCAAAAUAAUAAAUGUAUAAAUGAUGAGCUAGAUACAAACCAAGUUUUAUCAAGCACUGAAGGCGAAACCUUUAGUGACGCAGGAAAUAAGCGCCCCAAACAAAAUAAACUAGAUUUAACGGUUAACCUUGGCAUUGAAAAUUUAUCAUUAAAGCACCUUCUGUCAUCUAUUCAGGAGAACAAAUCUCAAUUGGGUAUAUCAGAUUACGAAUUAAAACAUUUGAUCAUGGACGUCAGGAAAAAUCGGUCAAAAUGGACAUCGGAUGAAAGAAUUGGCCAAGAGGAACUAUAUGAAGCCUGUGAAAAGGUUGUAUUGGAAUUGAGAAAUUACACUGAGCAUUCAACUCCAUUUUUAAAUAGAGUGAGCAAGAGAGAAGCCCCGAAUUACCAUCAAAUCAUCAAAAAAUCCAUGGACCUUAAUACUGUUUUAAAAAAAUUAAAAAGUUUCCAAUAUAACUCCAAACAAGAAUUUGUCGAUGAUAUGAUGCUGAUAUGGAAAAAUUGCUUGACCUAUAAUUCGGAUCCUUCGCAUUUUUUGAGAGGUCAUGCCAUUGCUAUGCAAAAGAAAUCUCUCCAAUUGAUCCCUAUGAUUCCAAAUAUCACAAUCCGAAACAGAGCUGAUUUAGAGAAAGAAAUUGAAGAUAUGGAAAAAGAUAGGGAUUAUGAAAUGGAUGAGGAGGAAGAAGUUGCUGGUUCUGGAAGGAAAGGGCUAAAUAUGGGAGCUCAUAUGCUAACAAAGGAGAAUGGGAAAAAGUCUAUAAAGGGUACUUCUAAAGCAGUCAAGAACGAAACAGCAGCCGAUACCGACGAAGUAGCUCCAAUGAUGCUUGAGGUAGAAAACGAAAAAGACAUAACUGAUUCGCCUAUGGUUGCCAAUGAACACAGCGAUAAAAACCAAUCCAAAGAAAAUGGGAAAGCUGACGAGCAUGAAAGGGUCGAGGAAGGUAGAAAAACUGUGGAAUAUAAAAAAGACAUGGAUAUGGAUGUUGCUAAGAAGAACAUAGAAGGUGAGCCACAGGGAAAAGAUGGAGAAAACAAAGAAGCAGAAAGAAAUAAUGAUGAGGAAGAAGAGGAAGAAGAGGAAGAAGAAGACGAAGAUAUGGUCGAUUCCCAAUCUUACCUACUUGAAAAGGACGAUGACAGGGAUGAUUUGGAGAUAUCCGUCUGGAAAACUGUGACCGCCAAAGUUCGUGCCGAAAUUUGCUUGAAGAGAACCGGUUAUUUCAAAAAUGGAAAGUUGAAUAGCGACUCAGAAGCAUUUUUGAAAAACCCACAAAGAAUGAAAAAGUUUGACCAGCUAUUUCUUGAAUACAAGGAACAAAAAGCUCUGGAAUCAUAUCGUCAAAAAAUAGAACAAGAUUCUAUCAUGAAAAAUGGGUUUGGGACGGUUUUGAAACAUGAAGAAGAUGACCAACUACAAUUCCAUAACGACCAUCCUCUGAACGGAAAUGAAAUUUUUGAAAAGCAGCCUAAUGAUAUUGAAUUAGACGACACCAGAUUUUUGCAGGAGUAUGACAUCAGUAAUGCUAUUCCUGACAUAUUUUAUGAGGGAGUGAACGCGAAGACUCUUGACAAAAUGGAGGAUGCCUCCGUGGAACGCAUGCUUCAGAACGGGAUCCAUAAAGAAAGCAUGUUUUUAGCGAACAAAGAUUUGGGCCUAACACCCAAAAUGAACCAGAACAUUACGCUGGUCCAACAAAUUAGACAUAUUUGCCACAAAAUAUCUUUGAUUAGAAUGCUACAAAGCCCAUUGUCAGCUCAAAGCUCUAGAAGUAAUCCUAACUCUUUCCUUAACAACCAUAUUUAUACUUACACCGUUAUCGAUGACUCGCUCGACAUUGAUCCGGUCUCUCAACUUCCGACCCACGAUUUCAAGAACAACAGGGAACUAAUAUGGAAAUUCAUGCAUAAAAACAUAUCCAAGGUUGCCAUGGCCAACGGGUUUGAAACUGCUCAUUCUUCAGCGAUAAAUAUGCUUACCGAAGUCGCUGGGCAUUACUUAUCCAAUUUAAUCAAGACUUUGAAACUUCAUCAUGAAACUAAUUCACUAAAUAGAGGAACGAAUGUGGAAAUGCUACAAACCACACUGCUAGAAAAUGGUAUCAAUAGGCCAGAUGACUUGUACUCCUAUGUUGAGUCUGAGUUUGGCAAAAAGACUAAGAAGCUUCAGGAUAUUAAGCACAAACUAGAAGGCUUUCUAAGGGCACUGUUAAGGCCAACUUUGCAAGAGCUAUCCGAGAGAAAUUUUGAAGACGAAAGCCAAAGCUUCUUUACUGGUGAUUUUGCAAGUGAGUUGACUGGAGAAGAUUUCUUUGGCUUCAAAGAGCUUGGAUUAGAAAAAGAGUUUGGUGUUUUGAGUUCAUCUGUUCCCUUACAAUUGUUAACUACCCAAUUUCAAACUGUUGAUGGGGAGACCAAAGUUCAGGCUAAGAAAAUCCAACCUGAGGAAUCCGAGAGCAUUGUAUACAAGAAGAUAACAAAAGGUCUACUAGAUGCUGGUUCGUUCUGGAGUACUCUACUACCACUAUUGAAAAAAGGCUAUGAACGCUCUAAGGCGUAUAUAGCAAAGCAAAACAAAUCCUCCGCAGGUGACAGAAUCCUGCCCAUCUCGACGGAGGACAGUUCUUUCGUCCUCUUGGAAGAGGAUCAAUUUAUCUCAAAGAAAAGUGCCACGAAGGCAAGGUUGCCUCCCACUGGUAAAAUAAGUACCGCAUAUAAGAAGAAGCCGAUCGCAGGGGCGUUCAUUGUUCCAGAAGAGGACCUGCAGAAAGAUGAAAAGGCAGAUUCAACAGUAACUGUAAAUUCCACGGUGCGUACGGAAAAUGAUAUGGGUUCUUCUUUGUUUUUGGGAACGCCUCAACCACUAGAUUCUUUAAAUAUGGAUGAUCCUUUUGAUGAUUCCAAUGUGGGCAGCAAUAGUUCAUUUAGCUUGAGUCUUCCCCGCUUGAAUCAGUAG